AUGAGCCCAAACGCUGCUACGAUCCACGGCGCGCAGUUGGGGGCGCAAGUGCGACAGUGUGCCGCCUGCUUCGACUACGUCGUGGGCCCCGCCGUGCAGUGCGACAACUGCGGCGGGAUUGUGCACGCCCACUGCAUGCAGGUGUUCGGCCGGAGCCCUGUGUGCGUGACGUGCAUCGCGGAGCGGGACGCCUUCGUGGCCGCGAGGCGCUCCACGAUGAUCCAGCACGGCGCGCAGCAGUUCGGCCGCGCGCUGGCUUCUGGUGGGCAGCUUGCCGGCCAGGUCGUCGGUGCGACAGCCUUCGGGCUUGGGGCCGGAGUCACUCGACUCGCCAGCGGAAUGUUGGCUGGCGCGAGGCAGACCAUUGGCGGCGUGGCCGAGAUCCCCGGGCCUGCCCGCCCACGCGUGCUGCCUGCACCUCAGCGGCCGCUGGAGCAUGACAGCAAGGACAGCCAGCAGAUGGACGAGCUCCGGCUGGCCAGGGAGCAGAUCGAGUUCCUGACGAGGAGGACCGAGGAGCUCGAGAGGCAGCUUGGGGGCUACGCCACCCCAGGAGGGGCGAGCCUCGACGCGGGCGCGCCGACCGGCGGGAGAGGCUUGCGCAGAAUUCUGAACAGGGAGGCUGCAGCCAUCAGGAACGUGGUCAUGAUCCUCCGGGACUUGCUGGCCCCUCCGAGGCGUCUGGAGCUUAUCCUGGGCCUUGGCACCCAGGAGACUGGCAGUCAGGAGACGCAUGGAGGCACGGAGACAGGAGAGCUGCCAGGCGACAGGACUGGCACGCUGACGGCGGUGCUGGCGCGUCUGAAGGACACCGACGUGCCGACCCUCGAGUGGGUCAAGGGCGUCGGUAAGGCAUCGACGUUCGAGGACUGGCUCCAACGGGCCAGCAUCAGGAUCGGCGGACUUCAUCCUGCAUUGGAGGCCUUCUGGGCCAGGGCGCAAGAGUGUUGCGCGGUGGCCCACGACGAGUACCUGUCCCUGGACCUGCUGAGGAGGCCUCUCAUCAGGCCAGCCGCGCACAUGAUGCCGGCGGAGUUGAGGAACGUUGAGUUGCGUCUCCGGCCUUUGCUGCUGGACGCGAUGCCAGAGAACAUCAGGAAGCAGGCCUUGGCGACCCGGCAGACCGCGGUCGCCGACAUCCUCUUCGCGGCGAUGGUCGAGGCGGGGCCGGGGACGUUGAAGGACCGCGAGGCCACGCUGAAAGCGGUGGAGAGAAGAGGCCAGCAGGCGUCCAACCAGGUCGCAGACGUGUACGAGAGCCUCCAGAGGUGGAAAUUCGACCUCACCCGGCUGCAGAGGCUGGGAAUGGCGGCGCCUGAUCCCACCGUGCAGCUCUCCACGUUGAGAGGCAUGGUGCGCCGGAUGUCGGAAACCGACGGGUCUUUCGAGAUGCAGCAUGGGUUAUCUGGGACUUCGUGCUGCAGCCAGGCGCAGGUCGACGAGUUCUGGCGCUACCUCUCGGCGGAGGCUAGAGAGGUCUGCGGGCCGGAUGUGGCGGCGAAGAGCGUCAAGGCCAAGAUCGCCGAGUACGAGAACAAGGGGAAGGACAAAGGUAAGGAGAAGGACAAGGGCAAGCCCAAAGGAGGAGGAACAGGAGUGCCGCCCAAAGGAAAAGGCAAGGAUGACAAGGGCGAGCAGUCGCCAUGCAAGUUCUUCCAGCAGGAGGGGGGCUGCCGUAAUGGCGGCCAGUGCAGCCAUCCGCACAGGCGGCUGGCUGUGUCGGAAGGCAAGUGUUUCAACUGCGGAGCGGUGAAGCAUAAGACCGACGCCUGCCCUCGGCCGCGGCGCGAGGUCAGCGCCCGCUCAGCUGCUGCAGGGCCGAACGGCCCGGACGCGCCUCCGCCCAGUGCGAACGUGGGCGCGGUGGUCGCAGCUACCAUCAGGGCGCUGGCGAGCCAGGGUUUACCCGGAGCCCAGGAGAGCCGGGCGCAGGUGCAGGCGCCCACCGAGGAGGACCGGUGGCUCGACUCGCGGGCCGCGCCCCCGCGCGCCGCCCCUGGCCCGCGCGCUGCCACGGCCGCAGUGGUCGUAGAAGGAGGCGCUGAGGAGGCGGAGGGUCGUCGGAUUGCCCCGCAGCCAGGAGGAGUCAGCGUCGGGGAGACCUCGACGAGGGCCGUGGCCAUCGCGAAAGUUAUGGUGAUCAAGGGAAAGCGGAUGCGGCUCGCCGACACGGGGGAGACCCAUGAAUUGAGGUCGAUUCCGAUUGGGAGCACGCUGGAGGUUCCCCACAGGAGCAUUGAGCUGCAGGUGGCCACGGGCAGCAUCAAUGCGACCAUCGGUGACGACGACAUCGUCUACGUGCCGAGCGAGGUGGAGCUGCAGCCGUUGUUCCCCAUCGGUGCCUACUUAUAUGAGUGCGAUCUUCGCCUCGCGUGGAGCGCUGGGCAGGCCACGAUCCGCCUGCCAAGUGGGCGAGACAUGAAGCUUGAGCAGGUCAACGGGGCGUUGUACCUUGAUGAGGAGACUGCGGAGCAGCUCAGGAGUUUGAGGAGGAGGCUUCGCCAGGAGAGAGGCCGUGCGCUGGUGCUGCGCGCGGUUGCGGCCGCAGUCAGUAUCUCGGAUUUGGCACGCCACAGGGCGGAGGGACAUCCGAGGUUCAUGCAGGAGUGCCAGGAAUGCCGAUUGGCAGCAGGGCGCAUGAGGGCUAGCUACUUCCUCCUGGCCGCAUACCAGGUGCUGAACAAGCGCGAGGUGGAGGACCAGGAGCGCAUGGUUAAGGAUGCCAAGCGAGCAGCUGGGUUCGAGGGGCCCGCGGAGCCGGCGCGCGGCGUUGCUGAUGCAGGCGCUGCCGAGGAGCGAGGGCCCGCAGGACAGGAGGAGGUUGAGGAGCAGGACGAGGUAAAGACACGGUACUACACGAAGCCAUUGGAGGGGAAGGCCUCCAAGGACUGCACCGCGGCGAUGGACGAGAUCAUCAGCGAGGUCAACCUGGAAUUCCAGGGGCCUGCCGCGUUUCGGCUGCACGGCGACAAGGCCGGGGAGCUGACCGGGCGCGCCGUCAAGGGCCACAUGGCGUCCAGGCACCACAUCGCAGUGACGUCGACGGCUGGAGGCGAGCCCAACUCCAAUCCCAGGGCCGAGCGCGGGGUCGGAGUGGUCAAGACCAGAGCACGCGCAAUGCUCAUGGCCGAGGGCCUCAAUGCUGAGGAUCGGCAGGCGCUCUGGCCGGCAGCUGUCCCGCAUGCCGCGUGGUGCCAGCGCCGGGAGGCCCAAGGGCGAGGCUUCGGAAAUUGCCCGCCCUUCGGAGCAGCGGUGACGAGCAGGAUCAAGGACGCCCGGGGCAGUUUCGAGCCUCGAGCGCGCGAGCAGUGCUUCUUCGGGGUGGCUGACGGUGUGAGUGGCGGAUUUCUUCUUGGACGAAAAGGGGCUGCUGGCUGGGUGUUCGAGGUCUCGUCCAGCUUCGUGCUCAACCU